UAUUUGGGGGCUAAGGCAAGAACUUCACUUUGCCUUACCCUAGAGCCGCCCUGGUCGCAGCCUAAAGCCGAACCUGAAAAAACCGACAAUAAUUUAUGGAAUACAACACACAGCAAAUACAAGAACAUGCCUAAGCUUCCGCUUGUGAAAGCGAGCGCGUCGGGGGUAUGGUACGUUGAUGCUGCAGCAUUAGAAGAUAAAAUUAUUGGAGAGAAGAAAACUGUUGAGAUUAAGAAUUUAGACGAAUGGAAAAAGUAAGUGGAAAAGAAGAAGGAAAUGGGGGAGAGGUUAUUGGCGCAGUAUGCAAUGGACUAUGAGUCGUCAAGAGGACAAAGUGGAGAUAUUAAGAUGUUACUUACCACGCUAAGGUCAGGAGCAGCUGCUGAUAAAGUGUCUGCAUUUUCUGUUAUGAUUGGCGAUAAUCCCACUGCCAAUUUGAGAUAACUUGAUGCUCUUUUAGGGAUGGUGACAGCUAAAGUUGGAAAACGCCAUGCUUUGGCAGGUGUUGAAGCAUUGAAAGAACUGUUUGUUUCUAGUCUGCUGCCUGAUCGCAAGCUGAAGACACUCUUUCAGCGGCCGAUAGAUCAUAUUCCGGAUAAUAAAGAUGGUUACUCGCUUCUACUCUUUUGGUAUUGGGAGGAAUGUUUGAAGCAAAGGUAUGAGCGGUAUAUCGCUUCUCUUGAGGAAGCGUCAAGAGAUGUCUUAGAUAUACUCAAAGACAAGGCAUUAAAGACAGUUUAUGUUUUGCUUAAGUGCAAACCAGAACAAGAGCGUCGAUUGCUUGCUGCCCUAGUAAACAAGCUAGGAGAUCCUAAAAACAAGGUUGCAUCUAAUGCUGAUUAUCACCUAUCAAAGCUUUUGGCUGACCAUUCAAAUAUGAAGGCUGUGGUGAUUGACGAAGUUGAUAAUUUUCUUUUCCGGCCUCAUGUGGGAUUGCGAGCCAAGUAUCAUGCUGUUAACUUUUUAAGCCAAGUUCGUUUAAGUCACAGGGGGGAUGGCCCAAAGGUGGCAAAGCGUUUGAUAGAUGUAUAUUUUGCUCUAUUUAAGGUCUUAAUAUCUGAAGCAGGGGAUGGACGGAUGAUGAAUAAAAAGAGCGAGGGACAUAAAGAGGUUUCUGGCACUUCGAAAGAGAAGAAAGAAAAAGAUUCAUCAGAAUCUCAUAUUGAAAUGGAUUCACGCUUACUAUCAGCGCUUCUUACGGGUGUGAAUAGAGCAUUCCCUUUUGUUUCAAGUGAUAAAGCCGAUGAUCUAAUUCAGGCCCAUACACCCGUCUUGUUUCAGCUGGUUCAUUCAAGUAACUUUAAUGUUGGAGUUCAAGCUCUCAUGCUCCUAGAUAAGAUCUCAGCAAAAAAUCACAUUGUUAGUGAUCGAUUUUAUCGUGCCUUGCAUGCUAAGCUCCUGCUACCAGCUGCAAUGAAUUCUUCCAAAGAGGAAAUGUUUAUUGGCCUGCUACUAAGGGCUAUGAAAAAUGAUGUAAAUGUGAAGCGAGUUGCUGCAUUCUCAAAGCGAUUGUUGCAGGUUGCAAUUCAGCAGCAGCCUCAAUAUGCAUGUGGGUGUCUGUUUCUUCUGUCUGAGGUCCUCAAGUCCAGACCAACUCUCUGGAACAUGAUGCUUCAGAGUGAGUCUGCUGAUGAAGAUCUUGAGCAUUUUGAAGAUAUUACAGAAGAAGAUGAAAAUCGACCCAAUCCACCAAAGCGAACAGAUAAUGCAAGUGAAGUUGCUCAAGAACCUAACCACUUGCAAAUUCGCAAUCAUUCCCUGCAGGAAGAUGGUAGUUCUACUUCCGAGUCCGAGGAUGAUUCACUCCAAGCUAAUGUGUCGCCUGCUAGAGGUGGUUUAGAUGAACCAAAGGAUUCUAGAUUGCUGGCCGGAUUUAACAAACUUCUACCUGAAGGUUCAAAUGAAAAGCACUUAUUGCCCGGAGGAUAUGAUCCACGGCACAGAGAACCUUCAUUCAGGUACUGUUAUUGCCCUCUUUCUGGCCUUAAAUAUUUAUUAAGUCUGUGAAAUGUCAGAGCAAAG